GGCAUGGCUGGGGUCGAUUUUCUGUGUGACACAUGAGUCGCAACCUUUAUUUGUGUCCCCUCUCGGUUCGAUUGAAAGUCAUGGCAGAUCCUGACCUGAUAAGAACUGUCCUGUACACGAUCAAUAACCUUUUACAACAGGAGAAAUACAAAGCCGCCUUGGCUGUUGUGAAGGGAUUCAGGAACGGAGCUGUGUAUGGAGCAAAGAUCAGAGCACCACAUGCCCUGGUCAUGACAUUUCUGUUUAGAAGUGGCAGCCUAAAAGACAAACUUCGAGCCAUUUUGAAAGCCACAUACACCCACUCCAGGAACCUGGCCUGCUUUGUGUUCACAUACAAAGGACUGCAAGUCUUACAGCAAAAGAUCCAAGGAAAGAGUCUCCAGUCCCACUCCUUCCUCGCUGCCUGUGUUGGAGGAUGGCUGGUGUUUGGAGACAACAACAAUAUUAACAGUCAGAUCAACAUGUACCUGCUGUCCAGAAUCCUAUUCGCCUUGUCUCGACUGGCUGUCGAAAAAGGAUUCAUCCCUGCCCCCAAACAAGACCCUUUCCCACUCUUUGCCACGCUGGUGUGGGGAAUCGUGUUGUGGUUGUUUGAGUAUUACCCCCACACCCUUCAACCCUCCCUUCAGUCCUCCAUGAAUUAUCUUUAUCAUGACAGCAACGUGUGGCAUGACAUCUCAGACUUCCUUGUUUAUAAUAAGCCAAGGAUUGCUGGAUCUUAGAAAUGACACUUUACUGAUUUCUUUAGUCUUUCUGAUAAUGAUUGAAUAAAUAUUUUUUUAAUAAUCAAACUUUUCUUGUUAAUGGUUGCAUUUUUAACUCUUGAUAUGACACUGUACUAUGACAUUUAAUUAACCAUUUUUACUUUAUUUUGUGAUAUCUGUGGAAUUUGAUCAUGAUUGCAAAGCACUACGUUCAUUUUCUGUUCACACUGUACCUUGUAUGAUAUUUUUGGGGAAGUUUUGUCUAAGUCCAGAAUUUGUUUAAUUUUUAAAUUUCAAUAAUAAAAGAAAUAUAUUCAUUUA